AUGGUACAAAGCUUAUCUGAAGCCGCCGUCUGCAAGCUCUUUCCAACAACCCUGAAAGGACCGGCUGUCAUCUGGUAUCAAAGCCUGAAAGAAGGCUCUAUUCGGAGCUUUGACGAAUUCAAUGCCGAAGCCGUCGAAGUAGGAAACUUGAAUGAUGAUACCGUGAUAGACGCAAUGAAGGACAACACAACGAUGAUGGCCUUCAGAGAUAACCUGAUAACGAAUCCCGUACAAACUUACUCCCAGCUCAUGGACCGAGCCUGGAAUUAUAUAAAUUUGGACGAAGAACAACGACGAAAGGCCACACAAACGACAACACAGUUCCAAACACCAAGGCCUACUUUCAGUCAGACGGCUAGGCAAGACAGGUUCAGGCCAAGAAACCAACAACAAAACAACAAUGAGCCAGUAAGAUACCCGCCAAAGCUUCAGUACGAGGGAGAUAGGAAAAAAUACUGCAAAUUUCACGAUGGCCAUGGCCAUGUCACCGAUGAAUGUGGAAGUCUGAAGAAGAAAAUUGACCGAUUGGUGCAAGUCGGUCGGUUAAAAGACUUUGUCGCACAAAGAAAAAAUUAUAACUCGGGAGGAAGUUACCGAGGCGAGCAUAGUGGAAAAAGAGAAGAGGCACCACCGCCCAAAAUACAAAAUGUAUCGGGGGUAAUAAACACCAUAGCGGGCGGUAUGGCCGGCCCAGAAUACAAACGAGGAAGACGCAAAAGGCAAAAAGUAGUGAUGAAUAUAUCGGUAGCUAAACCUCUACCCGAGGUUAGUUUCGACUCGGCCGAUGGCGAAGGAAUAGAUUUUCCACACUAA